CUUCCCUCACUCACGCUCUGAUUUCCAAAGCAUCGGCUCUUUCUUCUUGCCUUCCUUCUCUCCAAUCACCAUUCAAAUUAGUUGAAAUUGGUUGUUUCCAAUCUGUUCUUUAUAUUAUUUCAGAGAAACCCUAGUUCCAGGGCCGAUUUCCAGGAAGGUUCGUAUGGCCAGAGUUCGCCUAUUUACGCUCCUUGCUUCACGGGUUGGCGUCUGGGGGAGAAAAGAUGGCAACGGCACGGGAGGCUUAGUUGCUUUCCGGCCUUCGAUGCUGGUUUUUUGAGUUCGAUCAGGGACUUUUCUUUGGUUGUGUUGUUGCGUGCGGCCUCUCUCAUGGCCGACAACCGCCGUUCGGGGGCUACUCCGCUUCUCGAUAUUGAGAAAAUACUUCAUGAAGCACAACAUAGGUGGCUACGCCCAACUGAAAUUUGUGAAAUCCUACGAAACAAUCAUAAAUUUCAUAUUGAACCGGAGCCUCCCAAUAAGCCUACUAGUGGUUCACUCUUUCUUUUUGAUCGUAAGGUAUUGAGAUAUUUCCGGAAGGAUGGACAUAAUUGGAGGAAGAAAAAGGAUGGAAAGACUGUGAAGGAAGCUCAUGAGAAGUUAAAAGUAAGUUAUGAGAAGCUAAAAGCUGGGAGCAUUGAUGUUUUGCAUUGCUAUUAUGCUCAUGGUGAAGACAAAGAGGGCUUUCAGAGGAGGAGUUACUGGAUGUUGGAAGGGGAAUUAAUGCACAUUGUACUUGUUCACUACCGUGAAGUCAAGAAUUUUUGCUAUCAGGGUAGCAAAACAAGUUUUAUUCAGCUAAAAGAGGAUGGGGAAACUAUGAGGAACUCAAAUCUUGAUAGCGCCAUAUGCUCUAAUUUUUAUACAAGUCUUAAUCGCCUGCCUUCACAAGUUACUGAUUACGGAUCUCUGAAAGGAACACAACAAUCAGAAUUUGAAGAUGCUUAUUCAACUUAUCUAAACCGAAAUUCAAUGCAACAAAUACUUGCCAAACAAGUUCCAGAUACAACUCUUUCAUUGCGAUGCAGCAGUAUGGACAUUUGUUGAAUGUUGAACAUGCAAGCGCUUCUACUUCAAUAUUUUCCUGGCGCUGUUUAUGGCUGGACUUGGAUAGGCAUUUAAACUGUCUCUUGAUUGUCGAAGACCGCUGGCUGCCACAUCUGAUUUCGAAUCUUUCAUUUUUGCUUGAGAGGGUAUAAUCAAAAUUGUAAAUCAAUAUCAUGUUAGAUUAACAUGUACUGGCUCCGAUACAAAUACUGUUUCCAGGGGGCUGCUACUACCGGGAACACUCCUGUGCUAAAUUAUUCAACUUUUCAGGGAAUUUUCACAGAUGACCUGGUGCUGAUAGGGAGGAUGGUGCAACAUUACUUGGCAAUGUAACGCGACAGGUAUAUUGAUUUGUCUCAUGACGGAAAUAUUGUGCAGGGAAUAAAUUCCAAGUAUUUAUUGAGUCAAAUGAAAAUUUUCAGAGUUCUUUUCAAAGCAUGUAUUCAUAUAAAGACAUACAUUACACUUCCAGCUUUUAUGUAAAUUUAUGAAAAUUGAGAGCAGCAAAUAGCAAGUUGUUAUAGCUAA